AUGAUUGUGAGUGCACUCCCCCCUCGGCCCCUCCAGUUUCAAAUGACCGCGCAGCUCAAUGCCAACCAAACCCGAAGCGAAGAUUUUGUGAAUGUGUGGACCGUACUCGUAGUUGAGAAGGAUCACGACCUGUUUGGCUCUUCCCCCCUGGUAGAUGAGGUCGACAGGCUCAGCUGCCGGUGCCCGACUGAUGCCGAGCCGGCUGUGGCUGGUCUGCCGGUCGCUGCCCCAGGCCAAACGGCUGACGGAGCCCGAGAGCGUUACCCGCCUACCAGUUGUCCUCCCGCCCUUUCGGCCGGGGCCGUGGGCGACCAUCCCCCAUCGUCGUGCACGAUGUCGCAGCAGCUGGCGCCCGGCGGCCAGCCAGGCCCCACCACAUGGCCAGCUCACCCGCGCCCUUGGCCCCGCCCUCUAUUGGGCCCGCCUAUGUCCUACCCGACGGGACUAAGCCAGGCAAGCGUCGAUGGGAAGCCAAUUGGUCAGCCCAGAGGCCGCCCAAAUGAUACCCUAACCAACGACCCCCAGGCCCCGGGAGAGCUGCCCGCCACCCGCCCCCCAAGAGGUCAGAGCCCAUGUCAUCAUGCGGCCAGUCACCCGCCAUGCAGGCAGCAUCCCAACGACCUCAGCGGGUGUGCGCCCGUCGUGGAUUUGCCACGCGCCUCUGCGUUGCAAGUUCUAGGUUUCGCCCAAUGGUUGUAUGGGGGGCGCCUGACCUGUACGACAUAUGAACGGUGA